AAAUAAUAAUAUUUCUCAUCGGUCUUAUUAUAUUAUUCUUCUUAUUUUGGUCUCCCAAGUCCCCACUUAUUCAUCAGUGUUAUGCAAAAGUAGUCCAAUAUUGGGGUUUUGGUCCGGCCUUGAAAUCCUCCACUUCAUCGGAUCUCAAUCUGCAAACUCUUCCGGACAAGGUAGAAUUCACCUGCAAACCCCUCUUUAUCUCUCUCUAUAUCUAUAUUUAUAUAUAUAGUUGUAAAUCAGUCUCUCUCUCUCUCUCUCUCUAUAUAUAUAUAUAUUCUGAAUUAGAUAGAUAGAUCUCUGUGUAUCAGUAACUAUAUAUAUAUAUAUAUAUCACAGCAAAUUGUGUAUCUGCUUCAUGGCUACCCCUGGAAAUCCAAACCAACCAGGUGGGCCAUUUGAUAUGCACAAGUUCUUCAAACCCACAACAACAAACCCUAACUCACAAAACCCUAAUAGCAAUUUGAUUUCUUCACCAUUCCCACCCUCUUCUUACCCUGCACCACCUCCUUCUGCUUCUUAUCCACCGCCAACUGGCCCUUACUCUUACCAACCUCAGACCAACCACCCAUUUCAACACCAUCAGUAUCACAUUCCUCCUUACCCACAGCAAGACCAUAUCACUAAUAUGCACCUCCAGAGAUCCAUGUCUUAUCCUACGCCUCCUCUUCAACCUCCUCCCCACCACCUCCCUUCACCAAAUCCUAAUCCUGGGGCCAGACUCAUGGCUCUGUUAAGUGCCCCCCCGCCUUCGAAUAUGGAUUUGCCACCACAACCCCCUGUGCCCAUGGCUCCAGUUCAGUCUUCCUCUUCUGGUGUUUCUGAAUUUUCAAUGCCCCCCAGUGUCCCUCUAUUGUCUUCAGUCGUUUCAGCACCAAAUGUUAACCCCCAUCCGCCCCCCAUGCGGAUGCCAAGCAGUAAACUCCCAAAGGGGCGCCAUUUGAUUGGCAAUCACGCGGUGUAUGACAUAGACGACAGAAUGCCAGGUGAGGUGCAGCCACAACUCGAAGUUACUCCCAUUACCAAGUAUAUCUCAGAUCCUGGCCUUGUUGUGGGCCGCCAAAUUGCUGUCAAUAAGACAUAUAUAUGUUAUGGACUGAAAUUGGGAGCUAUCCGGGUCCUUAAUAUAAACACUGCAUUGAGGUCAUUGCUUAAGGGCUUCACUCAGAGGGUCACAGACAUGGCUUUCUUUGCUGAGGAUGUUCACCUUUUGGCUAGUGCAAGUGUAGAUGGGCGGUUAUAUAUAUGGAAGAUUACUGAAGGGCCAGAUGAGGAAGAUAAGCCACAGAUAACAGGAAAGAUAGUUAUCGCCAUUCAGAUAGCAGGAGAAGGGGAAUCUGUUCAUCCACGAGUUUGCUGGCAUUGUCACAAACAAGAAGUUCUAGUAGUUGGGAUUGGAAAACGUAUUCUGAGAAUAGAUACUACGAAAGUUGGAAAAGGAGAAGUCUUUUCAGCGGAGGAACCUCUCAGAUGUCAUGUUGAACAGCUGAUUGAUGGGGUCCAGUCUGUUGGUGAACAUGAUAGAGAAGUGACUGAUUUGUCGAUGUGUCAAUGGAUGACCACCCGUUUGGUUUCUGCUUCAAUGGAUGGCACGAUAAAGAUUUGGGAAGAUCGCAAGCCGCUACCACUCAUGGUAUUGAGGCCACACGAUGGCAAACCUGUUAAUUCUGUUGCAUUUUUUACUGCCCCUCACCGUCCGGAUCACAUUAUACUUAUCACAGCGGGGCCUCUGAAUCGGGAAGUGAAGUUAUGGGCGUCAGUAGGUGAAGAAGGCUGGCUGCUUCCUAGUGAUGCUGAAUCGUGGCAGUGUACCCAGACAUUGGAAUUGAAGAGUUCAGUUGAACCUCGAGUGGAAGAGGCCUUCUUUAAUCAAGUUGUUGCCAUGUCUGAAUCUGGCCUUCUCUUAUUAGCAAAUGCUAAGAAGAAUGCUAUAUAUGCUGUACAUAUAGAAUAUGGUCCUAACCCGGCAGCAACUCGAAUGAAUUACAUAGCAGAGUUUACUGUGACCAUGCCGAUUUUGAGUUUUACUGGAACAAGUGAUUUAUUACCCCAUGGUGAACAUAUUGUUCAGGUUUACUGUGUUCAGACACAGGCUAUUCAGCAGUAUGCACUGGACUUAUCCCAGUGUUUGCCACCACCACUGGAUAAUGUGGUGCUAGAGAAGUCAGACUCAAGUAUCUUCCGUGAUACAUCUGGUACUGAAGGAUUUGCAGCUUUGGAGCCAUCUGAUAGCAAAUCUGCUGAGAUGCAAUCAGCUAGUUCAGCACCCAAACCAUCUAUAUCAGAAAGUAGUUCUGAGAGUGCAACUAUGCUGAGGCAUCCUGUGAGCUCCACUUCUAUGGAGCGAUGCACUUCACCAGAGUUGAUUAUGGAAUCUAAACUUAUUUCUUUGCCAGUGGUAACUAGUGAUAAUGAUAUUACUUCUGUUGCAUCACCACGUCUUCCUUUGAGUCCAAGGUUGCCCCGAAAACUCUCUGGUUUGAGAAGUCCAGUGAACAGCUUUGAACCAGGUCCCGCACUCAAUGAUCGUGGUGGAGAUAAACAAGUUAUUGAAUAUUCAGUUGACAGGCAAAUGGAUACCAUUCAUACACACUUGUCUGAUGUUCCUUCCUUGGGUGAUGAUUCAAGGAAUAAUGAAAACAAUGUUGCACAUGAUAAUAUUUCCACUGUUCUUAAUCAUCCUAUCAAGUUCAAGCACCCAACUCAUCUGGUAACUCCGUCUGAAAUAUUGAUGGCUGCUUCCUCUGAAACUGCUCAUGUUAAUGAGAACAAAAGCGAGGGAGAGCCAAAUAUUCAAGACGUGGUUGUCAAUGGCAGUGUGAAUAAUGUUGAAGUGGAAGUUAAGGUUGUGGGUGAAACAGGAUUUAAUCAGAACAGUGAACAUGGCUCUCGAGGAGAAUCUCACAAGCUCGUGUUGGAAAAUAAGGAGAAAUCUUUUUGCUCGCAGGCCUCAGAUCUUGGUAUUGAGAUGGCCACAGAGUGCUGUGCAUUACCAGCAGAAAUGUAUAUUGUGGAGGAAUCUCGGCAAGAGGCUAUGGCCCAGCCUUCAAGUGCUGAGGGAGAAGUCGAGGACUCCACAAAAGAUAUCACUCGAAAGGAUGCAGAUUUAGCUAUGCCUGCAACAAAUCAACAACCACUGGCACCAAUCUCAAAAGCAAAAAAGCAAAAGGGGAAGAAUAAUCAAGGAUCAAGUCCAUCUUCAGCAUCCCCAAGUGUUUUCAACUCAACAGAUUCUUCUAAUGAACCAGGCGUCAGUUCAAGGAUUCCCUCUAUGGAAGCUGCUUUUUCUCAAAUUCUGGCUAUGCAGGAAAUGCUUAAUCAGUUGACAACCAUGCAGAAAGAAAUGCAAAAGCAGAUGCAAAUGAUGGUUGCCAUCCCGGUUACCAAAGAAGGCAGAAGGCUAGAAGCAGCCCUAGGGAGAAGCAUGGAGAAAGCUGUCAAGGCCAAUACUGAUGCUUUGUGGGCUCGUUUCCUAGAAGAGAAUGUGAAACAGGAGAAGUUAGUACGAGACCGUACUCAGCAAAUAACAAGUUCGAUCACUAACUGCAUGAACAAAGACUUGCCAGCUGUGCUGGAGAAAACAGUGAAGAAAGAAUUUGCCAUGGUUGGACAGACUGUAGCUCGCACAAUUACUCCAGCAAUUGAGAAAACAGUAUCUACAGCUAUUGCCGAGGCCUUCCAGAGAGGAGUUGGUGACAAGGCAGUGAACCAACUGGAGAAAUCGGUUAAUUCAAAACUUGAAGCUACUGUUGCCAGACAAAUUCAAGCACAAUUUCAAACUUCUGGCAAGCAGGCUCUUCAGGAGACAUUAAAGUCUAAUCUGGAAGCUUCUGUAAUCCCUGGAUUUGAGAUGUCAUGCAAAGCUAUGUUUGAGCAAGUUGAUGCUACAUUUCAGAAAGGAAUGGUAGAACACACAACUGCAGCUCAGCAACAAUUUGAAUCCACACAUUCUUCAUUGACACUUGCUUUAAGGGAUGCCAUUAAUUCAGCUUCAUCAGUGGCUCAAACUUUAAGUGGGGAAUUGGCUGAUGGUCAAAGAAAGUUGCUAGCUCUUGCAGUUGCAGGUGCAAACUCAAAAGCUGUAAAUCCGUUGGUUACCCAAUUGAGCAAUGGACCUUUGGGUGGUCUCCAUGAUAAGAUCGAGGCACCUUUGGAUCCAACCAAAGAGCUAUCUAGAUUGAUAUCUGAACGUAAAUACGAGGAGGCUUUCACCACAGCCCUACAGAGAAGUGAUGUUGCAAUUGUAUCUUGGUUAUGCUCUCAGGUUGAUUUACAGGGGAUUUUGUCGAUGAUUCCUCUCCCCUUGAGUCAAGGAGUGCUGCUCUCUCUUCUGCAGCAAUUGGCCUGUGAUAUAAGAAAGGAUACGCCUCGAAAACUGGGGUGGAUGACGGACGUUGCAGUUGCUAUAAACCCGGCAGACCCAAUGAUUGCCGUUCAUGUUCGUCCCAUAUUUGAGCAAGUAUAUCAGAUACUAAACCAUCAUCGUAGCCUCCCCACCACCAGUGGUGCUGAGCUUUCAAGUAUUCGUCUUGUCAUGCACUUGAUCAAUUCCAUGAUGAUGAGCUGUAAAUGAUCUUCCCAUUUGUGUACAACUAGUAGGAAGGUUUGUACAAAAUAGUGGCGGUUUUGUACCUUAAUUUGGUUGUCAGAAUCUGCAAGUGACCACCUUGUGUUUUAUACAAGUCCACUCCUAUGUUUUCUGAUGAACAAUUUCCCUUCACACUGGAACAUUUAUUUGAUGUCUCUUCUCUGUCGAA